UAAAUUAUAGGUAUUGAGCAGAUACAGUUAAAAAGAAAAAGUCCCUUUGAUAUGUAAAAUUCAAACAUUUCAGUCACUUUUUCUUAAAAUUUUACUACAAUGAAAAUACCUAUAAAUUUGGAAUUUUGGUACCAACUUAAAGCUACUACCGUAAGAAAUAUACUACUAAAACGUAGAGAAUUAAAAAAAACUUUAUCAGAGAUCGCUUUACCUAUUUAUACACUAUGUUUACUGGUAGUCAUUAAAGUAUUAAUGCCAGAUCCAAAUUUCCCUUCUGUAACAACACCUCAAGAAUCACCUGAUAUAUAUAAUUAUUUAUACGGAAAUGUUACAGUUGCACCUGGUACACCUCAAGUUAUUAAUUUUCUAGAAAAUAUGAAUGAUUUAUGGAUGGAACGAACGGGAGAAAAGAUAAAUUUCAGUGUAUAUAAUGAUAAAAAAGAGAUAUUUGACGUUCAAAGAAAAAAUCCUGAAAAGAUUUAUAUAGGUUUAUUUUUUGAAUAUAUUGACUUAUUAAAUCACUCAUUGAGCUAUGAAAUUUAUACAAAUCCAUAUUACGAUUCUUCACCUUUGCCUUCCAAACUUUAUGGAUAUGAUCACCAAUGUCGAGUUAUAUCUCCAAAUAAGUUUACAAAAAAAAUUCUUCACCGACAUCACCAUAAUAACGAGCAAGAAGAUGAUUUAUCUUGUCCGGCAAUUCAUUAUAUUUAUUCAGGAUUUUUAGCUCUUCAGACUCUUGUUGAUAGUACUGCAUUAUAUAUAGUAUCUAAUACAACUAAAAAAUUACCAAGUCAUCGUUUUGUAAUAUUCCCGAAACCAAGUUACACAGCAAAUUGGUUUGUUGUGUUCCAUAUGGCCAUUCCGUUGUAUGUCGUAAUUGCUUUAUCUCAGUUUGUAACCUAUCUUCUAGUUGAAAUAGUAGGAGAAAAAGAAAAUAAGAUAAAAGAAGGCAUGCAAAUAAUGGGAUUAAAAGAAUUAGUAUUUUGGUGUUCAUGGUUCAAUGUAUAUAUAAUAUAUGCAGUUACGUUGGCUUUAUUAAGUACUGCAAUAUUAUAUUUAUUGGGAAUAUUCAAUAAUACUAAUUGGGUUAUAAUAUUCAUUUUAAUUAUACUAUACUUAUUUAGUAUAAUUUCAUUCAGUUUCAUGAUAUCUCAUUUUUUUGGAAAGUCAAGAACUGCUGGAAUACUUGGAAAUUUUGUCAUAAGCUUGGCUAGUCUUUUGUACUUUAUGCAAAACAUAGUCGAAUCUUCAAAUACAAAUGUUUUAUUGUUGGUUUCAUUAAUUAGUCCAGCUAACUUUGCAUUAGCGGUUGACAAAGCGAUGACUAUGGAUUUUGUUGGAGAUGGAUUAAAUUAUAAUAAUAUUUGGAUAGGACCGGGAAUUCCAUUUGGUGGUUUCCUUUUAAUGAUGGUCAUAGAUACUUUUAUCUAUACAAUUUUAGCAUACUACUUUUCAAUGAUAAUUUCUAGUGAAUAUGAGAGUAACUAUUCAUUUUUAUUUUGUCUUAAAUCGACAUUUUGGUGCUCUAAACCACCAGAACCAAUCGAAUUUGAUGAAAUCAAUAGAUAUUCAGUUUCAAAUCCGGAUUUUGAAACCAUAUCUGAGUCUAUGAAAGAUCGUAAAGCUAUACAAAUAACUAAUCUCUGUAAAUCUUACAAAAGUUCAACUGAGAAUAUUUUAAAUGGUAUUCAGAUGAGUAUUUUCGAAGGGGAAAUAACUGCCAUUUUGGGACAUAAUGGAGCAGGAAAAACUACAUUGUUUAAUAUAUUAACUGGACUAACUGAACCAACAUUAGGUACAAUUAAAGUUUUUGGUUACGAUGUUCGAAAUAAAUCUCACAUUAAGAAAAUAAGAAGAAUGAUCGGAGUAUGCCCACAGUAUGACAUUUUAUUUCAACGGCUAAGUCCUAGAGAACAUUUACAAUUUUUUGCUGCGAUUAGGGGUGUAUCGCCAAAUGAAAUAAAUAAAGAAGUUCGAUGCAUGUUAGAAGAGUUACAUCUAACUGAUAAAGCUGAUAGCAUGGCGAAAGACUUAAGUGGGGGACAAAAAAGAAAACUUUCUGUCGGCAUAGCAAUUAUUGGAAACCCAAAAAUUAUAAUAUUAGAUGAACCUACCGCAGGAGUUGAUCCUCCAGCGAGACGACAUUUGUGGUCAUUACUUCAGAAAAGAAAAAAAGGAAAAGUGAUUUUGCUUACGACACAUUUUAUGGACGAAGCUGAUGUUCUAGCAGAUCGUAUAGCUGUUAUUUCAAAAGGCACUGUUAGAUGUUGCGGGUCAUCCAUUUUUCUAAAAAAUAAAUUUGGGAUUGGAUAUCAUUUAACAUUAACACUUAACAACAAUGCUAAUGAAAAUUGCAUAGUAAAACUGAUAAAAGAUUUUGUCCCGAAUGCAGAGCGAACUAGACGUCAUGGUCGUGAACUUUCCUUUGUAUUGCCACAUGAUAGUGUUGGUAAAUUUUCUCCACUUUUCACUCAAAUAGAAGUAGAAAUUAAUACUGCUGGCAGCUCUUUGGGAAUAGAGAACUAUGGUAUAUCCAUGACUUCUUUGGAAGAAGUGUUUUUAUUCUUAGAACAAGGAGAACAUAAUAAUGCAGGAAAGUUAGGAGUUGAGCUACUUAAACGUCAGUCUAUAUCUAUGGAAGCAAGGGAAUCGAUUGGUGUGUUAUCUAACACCGUUGGCUCUGGAUCAAAUGUGGUGUAUAAUCCAACUAAGUGGUUGAUAACAAUGACACUACUAAAAAUGCGUAUAAAAAGAGUUUUGCGAGAUAUUCAUAAAUUAUACGUAAUGAUUUUAUUACCAGUUGUCUUUUUGGCUACUGGAAUUAUAUUAAAUAAGUUAAGCUACGAAAAUCAACCUUUAAGAAGUAUUACUUUAGAUAAAGAUUUAUAUAAAAAUGGCAGUAGACUUAUAACAUUAUCCGAGGAACUUAAUACUUAUACUACACUAAAUACAGAUUUAUACUUGGGUGCCUUUGAUGGUUUAUUAGAACUGCCUCCUCAUUUAGGAGCAAUAUCUUUAUUGGAUGAUUCUAAUAAAUCAUUUUCAAUUUACUUCAAUGAUUCAUUUAUUCAUUCAUUGCCAAUAAUAUUGAAUUCUAUAUCUAGCGCAAUAAUUGGAGGCGACAUACAUUUGAAAACUGAACCAUUUAAAACUGAAUAUAAACAAAACGAAUUUAAUUUUAGUAGAUGUUCAUCAGCAUUUUUUUUGGGGAUUGUUUUUGUAUUAGUUUCCGUGAGUUUGUCAUCUGAUUUAGUUUACGAUCGCGAGAUGAAAACUAAAAAUCAGCUUUACAUUAAUGGAGUUAUGUUUUUGGAAUACAUCGGUUCUUACUUUAUACUUUUGACACUCAUGCUAUUAUUUAUUUUUUUCAUACUAAUCUCUCUAAUUUUUAUUUUACAUGUCGAGGGUUUAGACACGAUUCCAGCUGUAUAUAUAAUGGUUAUUCUAUUUUUUGUCUAUUGUCCAACAGCAGUUGUAGCUACUGCUUGCUUGUCUUAUUUUUUUGAUAAAGCUGAUUCUCUUCAAUGUAUAUUACCAAAUGUUACUUCUCUAAUCGGAGGGGUCCCAUUCAUGGCAGUUGCUUCUUUAGACAUGUUAGGGGUCGCUAAAAAUUUAACAUUCGCUCUACAUGUACUUUUUUCUUCAACAAAUUUUGUUUAUAUUCCAUUUUCAAUUAUAUACCAUGCUAAUAGCGUGUAUCGCGAAAGUGAUCAACAUACAUCAUUUAUAAAAUAUGUAAAUAAGGAGACGGUUGCAUUACUAAUGGGCUGUAUUGGACAACUGCCGGUAUUGUGGGUCAUACUUACACUUUUAGACUCGAGCUCAAAAAAAUCAAGUAAUAAGAAUAUGACAAUAGACUUGCAAGAUGACGGCGAUGAAGACGUGAAAAAUGAAAGGAGAAAAGUAAAUAAUAUUGUAACUGAAAAAUCAUAUUGGCCAGUGAUAGUUAUUCAAAAUUUAAGAAAAGAAUACUACAAUAGAAAUUUAGAAUCGAAUAAAAUAUGUUUUCAUCAAAAAUUAUGUUUAAAUGAUGAACCAACAAAAAAAGUUGCAAUUCGAAAUUUAUCUUUAACAGUUGAUACAGGAGAAAUACUUGGAUUAUUGGGUCACAAUGGUGCUGGCAAGACUUCAACAAUGAAAGUUUUAGCAACAGAAGAAAAAGAAACAGCAGGAAAAGUUUAUCUUAAAGGGCAUGAUUUGCAAGACUCUAGCGAUGUUGCGUAUAAUAUGAUUGGUUAUUGUCCUCAACAUGAUGCAUUAUGGGGUUUACUGACUGUAAAAGAACAUUUAGAAAUAUAUGCUGCUAUCCAAGGACUAUCUGGUGAUAAUAUAUCAAAAAUCGUCGAUAAAUACAUUGCCAGCCUUCAAAUUGCUAACCAUGCUAAUAAACAAGUUGAUCAUUGUUCGGGUGGUACAAGACGAAAAUUAAGUUUUGCUUUGGCUAUGAUGAAAAAUCCAAAGCUAGUGCUUUUAGAUGAACCUAGUACAGGUAUGGAUCCAAGAUCAAAAAGAUAUUUAUGGGAUAUCAUUAUCAACAGUUGUCAAAGUUCUAAGGGCGCUAUAUUAACAACUCAUUCAAUGGAAGAAGCGGAUGCUCUUUGCUCAAAAGUUGGAAUAAUGGUAAAAGGCCAGCUCAGAUGCUUGGGUUCAACUCAAUACUUAAAAAACGUAUAUGGAGCUGGUUACACUUUAGAAAUUAGGUUGAAACCUUGUGGUGACAUAGAUGAUAUUAAAGCUUUUGUUAUAUCUUCAUUUCCUAGUGCUGUGCUCGAAGAAGAAUUUGCUGAUCGCAUUGUUUUUGGAGUUCCUCAAUCAGCUGUUGAAUCAUUGGCUCAAUGUUUUUCUAAUCUCGAAAACGCUAAAAAUACGUGUGAUAUACAAGAAUAUAGUUUCAGCCAAACUACUUUAGAACAGGUCUAUUUAAAAUUUGAACAUUAUGAAGAAAUUGAGAACGAAACAACUUCAGUAUAAAUUUUUUAAAACACAUUAUUAAAUUUUUUCAUAUAUUUUUUAUCAUUGUUUGUGCUUAUCUUAUUUUUAAUAAUGGUUAAAGGUAUAGCUAUUAUCCUUGAUCCGCGUGAAUUAAUUAUGAAUAUUUUUUUUAAAUAAGAAUCAAUUGAUUUUAAUUAAAAAUUUAUUAAUAGCAAACUUUUAUCUAUUUUAAUCGUAAAUUAAGAAUUAUUUACUUUAGAACUCAAAUAUUCCAUAAUGCAGGCAUAGAUAUUCUCAUUGUUAUACCAACAUUUAGGACUGUUAUUAUAAUAUGACGUUAAACUUUUCGUUAAUAUAGCGGUUAUAUUUAGGAUCAUUCCAUACCAAAACAUGAAGUUAUGGUUGCACGACUCCUUGAAAAUCUCAACAAGCUUAUGAUCCUUUUUCUAGACUCUAAUUAAAUUAAAUUAAAAUAUUUUUUAAGACUUACUAUAUUAUGAUAGCAAUUUUAGCUAAAAAAAAUUGCCACUAUAAAAGUUAUGUAUUGAUAAGAUAAUAGUUAAUGAAAAGAUAAAAAAAAGAUCAGGUAAAGUUACACUUAGUGAUCAGCAAAAUUACUCUUGUUUUUGUGGUCUUGGCUUGGUCUUGCAUUUCUACGAGACCAAGAACAAGACCAAGAUUGUAAUAAUAUCAACAAGACCAAUACUUUUUUUAGCAAGACCAAGAACAAGAACAAGACUAGACUUGUAAGAACAAGACCAAGACCAAGACUCAAAAUGCAAGAGUAUUGCACUCUUGCAAAAAAAAAAAAAGAUUGUUGUUCGUUAAAAUCGUUAAGAUUAUUAAUGACAGAUUCGACAAUAUUAAAUUUUACUUUGAUUUUUAUUCAUUACGCGUAUUGUUCAAAUUAAAUAUUACCUAUGAGCUGAUGUUACCGAUUAACUUAAA